AUGGCUUUGCCGGUGGCGGAGCUGAAUGACAUUUUGGCCACAGUGCCCAUCAAUGGGGACUACAACCUGCAGGCACCUGGCUGCAUGUGUUACACAGGCGGAUGUGUGUCGGUGGCAGGACAGAUGGGCUUUGCGAGGACACAGCAAGGGCGGCUACAGAUUGCUGCUGGACAGGCAAUCGUUGAUGGAAGGGCUGGUUGUGCCUCCUCUCCUCGCACGACGCUGUCCUUCCAGUCCACCGAGACUGUGCAGCGCCUGGUGGCUGGCGGCAAGCGCGCUGCGUUGCCACUGGUGGCACGUGGCCAGCUGCGUGUUGAGGGCGAUUUGGGGCAGCUGGAGGAGCUCAGGAGGGAGCUGCAACCCCACAUGAGUCGCUUGCAAGCUGCGGCUGAGGCCCUGAUGUCUUCAGAGACCACUGCUGUGCGGUGGCUUCCUGACGAAGCCACGGAAUGCUGUAUGGCUGAGUCGUGUGGGCGGCCCUUCACACUGCUGCGGCGGCGGCACCAUUGUCGCGGCUGUGGGCAGAUUUUCUGCGACACAUGCUCGCCCUUGCGAGGCGCCCCAGCACAGCGCCGCUGCGCCAGCUGCUGGGCCAAGAAAACGGCGCCGGCUUUGGGGCCCAUGGGGCUCAUGGGGCCCAUGCCGGAGGCACUGACCGCUGGAGACUCCAGUCCGGCGUUGCCCAAAGACAAAGGCAGCACCACGGAUCUCCUGGUGGAAUUUCACGUUGAAGACUCGCUGCAGCUUGGAGCUGAUGGUUUCAUCACAUUCGUAGCAUUUUCGUUUACUGCAAGGCUUUGUGACACGAGGCAGAAGGUUUCUAUUCUGUUUGACUUCCAGCCAUCCUGCGACAUCCUGCGACGUCCUGCGACAUCCUGCGAUCCCAGGGCCAGCAUUCGCUUUUGGUGGCGGGCAUCUGCAGCCCUCAGCUCUGCGUGUGUGAUCGGCUUUCUGGCGACAUUCACACAGGAGAGAUUGCUGAUGCUGAGUCCUCUGCUGCUGGUCGCAUUUUUUCUACGCCGCUGGCUGCUGCGCUACGCAGAGGUGGCUUGGCUCUGCACGGUGAUCUUCACCAAGAUCUUCUCAGCGCGCUUGCGUGCCAGCGGGCGGCCCCCGCAGGCAGCGGAGGCCAUCUGGGCGCUGUGUCACAAGGUCUGUGCACGCUUCGUUUUCGACACCGUUGUGUCCCUAGGCGGCUUCUGGGUGAAACUUGCCCAGACGGCCUCUGUGGUUUCUGCAUUACACGAUGCGUACGUGGACGAGUUGUCCAAACUCCAAGACUCCAUGCCGGCGGACUCCCUGGAGCUGGUGGAGAAGCUCCUGACCAAGGAGCUGGGAAGCACCUGGCGGGAACACAUUCAGCUGGAUCCAGGGCCAGUGCUGGGCAGCGCGACCAUUGCGCAGGUGCACAAGGCCACCUUCCGAUUGCCCAAAGAUGGUGGAGUCCAGGAGAUUCAAGGAGUGGUCAAAGUGCAGCAUGCUCAUGUGGAAGAGAAACUGUUGGUAGACAUCCGUGCAAGCGUGCUGGUGGGCAGGCUGAUGACGAGUCUGAUGCCGCACAUGUUCUCCGACGUGGGUGCCACGAUCCAAGACACAGCUGCCAUGUCCAAAGCGGAGCUGGAUUUCAGGAUGGAGGCAAGAAACCAAGAGAUGGCUCGUGCGAGGAUACAGGAGGCUGGAUUAGACAUCACUGUUCCAGCAGUCAUCCCCGAGUAUGUGACGAAACGGGUGCUGGCAAUGGAGUUCGUCAAGGGCGUGAAGAUCACGGAAUAUGCAAAGGCCGAGAGCUCCACCGCAAGACGGAAGGAGGUCAUGGCGAAGCUCAUCGACUUCUAUGGCUUCACUUUGCAUGGUCCCAUCUUCAACUGCGAUCCGCAUCCAGGCAACAUCCUGGUGGACAAGGAGACAGGACGUCUUUGUGUCUUGGACUGGGGCCAGGUACGUCAACUCUCUCAGCCCGAGCGAUUUGCUUAUGCUAAGAUCUUCAUGGCCGCCUUGAUGGAAGAUGUUCACCUCUUUGUCGAAGGCUGCCGCGCUCUGGACUUCGAGUUUGGGGACUUGGACGGUCCGCCCGAUGCCACACCCAUUGCCAUGAUCGGUGCCUUACGUUUUCUGCUGCGCGACUCCCGGCCAAUUGCACAGUCGCGGGCGGAUUUCGAGCAGCUGGAGCAGGUCUUUGGCAAGCUGGAUGGCGAAACCAAAGCUAUCCAAAAGGGCCUCUUGACAUCGUUGAUGAGACGGUGGGGAGCAAAUCGUGAAGGGUCCCUUGAUGCCUUUGACAAAGACGGCCUCCCGGUCUCCUUGCUCUUUGAGGUGUCCAGUCGCCUGGAGGUCUGCCAUGGCUAUCCCAUGCUGUUGAAGGAGCAAGGCCACACCAAUGUCAAGGUGCAGCCUAGCAUGACCAGCUUUACCUUGAAGUUGCCGGUGAUGCAGCAGAGCUUGGGCACUGGCUCUGACCUUGGCUUAGUCUCGAAGUUCUCCCAGCUGCUGCGGGCACUGCAUGCAGAUGGACACCUCCUGGGUGCCCAGCUUUGUGUGUUGGACCUGGCCACAGGUGCGACUCUGGUGGAUCUGGCGCUGGGGCAUUCCUCUUGGCUGAAUCCUCUACCAGUUACCACUGACACCUUGUUCAACAUCUUGGAGAUCUCAAAGAUGUUCCUGUCUUUCAGCGUCCCAUGGCUGCCGUUGCUAAAGGUGCUUCGGUUGGUGGAACAAGGACGUGUUUCGCUGAAAACGGUCCUGCAGGAGAGCUCGAAGGGCAAGGUGUCCCUGGAAAAUGCGCUUAGCCACACGUCGGGUCACUUGAAGCUGGCACCAGGCGGUUCGGAGCUCUCGUUUCGGGAUUUCUGCGACAUGGACGUCUUGGCCAAGAAGAUGGUCGCGGAAGAGCCCCUGCUGGCACCAGGUGCCGGCUGGUGUGGAUGGCAGACGAGCAAGCAUGCUUUAUUUAUAGGCGAAUGCGACGCUGCUGUUGCACUCUCCUUCUUCUCCCUACGCCCAGCCGGUCUCACAGAUGAGGAGAUCCGAGAUCCCACGUUCUGUCCGGUGGAGACUGUCCAGUUGAGUGCGAAAAUUGAUGGCUCGGACGGUGGCAACGACGCUUGUGGGGAUGGUGGUGCUCAUGGGUGGUCUACAUCAGAUCCCUUUGGCGGUUCAUUUCGCGACCAGUGGUGCAGAUGGCUGCUGAAGCAUCAACAGCUCAUCAUCGGUCGGUUCAGAUUUCAGCUCUUGUCAUCGCAGAUUUCAUGUUUGCGGUUCGCUGUGGAAACAGCGCUGGCGAGGCUGCUGCUGCUCUGUGUCGAUGUCCCCAGCGCUACCCUGCUUAGUGUGGCGAAGGUUGGUUGUAGCCGAGAAUCGCAGCUGGAAACCUUCCGUAGCCCUGGCUCGCCCAAUUCCUGCCAAUCGCAGCGUUCGGUGCCUGUCAUGAAGUUGCAAUGCAAGUUGCUUUCUUCUGCUUCGUCCAAUUUGCGUUCCCUCUGGUCUUCGAAGUCGGUGGUUGACAUUGCGGAGCAUUUUCGGAAGGAGCUUGGACUAGAGGUGCAGCUGGCCUUUUCAUCGGAGCGGCCAAGCUUGGCCGAUGUUGUGACAACGGUAUCAGGCAGCCCCAAAAGCCUUGGCGAAGGCCGCGAGCAAGGCCAAGGGUUCCGCUCCACUGCAGCUGCGGUGCCACAACUGACACCGCAACGUGGGGCAGAUUCCUGUACUCCAUACGUGGAGAAGAACGCGUUGCUGAGGGAGAAAAGUGCACGGGGCAUGAAGAGGAAAGGCCAAAAGAAAGUGACGGCAAAGACGAGGGCUCAGGAGUUCGCGAGAGCAAACGGAGCACUGCAACAGGCACCACAUGUGACCGUCCUGGUAAAGCCUUUUUUUGUGGACCUUUUCCCAAGAGUCUUACAGUUGCCAUUGAAGGCAAAAGGGCUUCUGCAAGCCGUGGAGGAUAUGCUGCUGAACGCAGCCGCAAACUCCGGCCAAGACGUGAGUACCCGAAGCCAUGGGUUGUUUCAAGAAGGCGACGGCGCCUAUGCCGACUACACCGGCUUCGACGCCAUCUACGACGGACUUGGCUACGCUGGUGGCGGUGAAUCCAGUGCCAUUGCAACCCAUGUGUACCAUGUGCAGGAUGACAUUCUUGUUCGGCCACACUCCGGGCAGCUCGGUCGUUACCCCGCUCUGAAGUUCAUCAUCAGCGGCAAGCCCACGGAGUCUGGGGAGGUGCCGCAAGUUCUGGUGAAGGCAAACAUAAGGCCAUCCGUGGUACCCGAGUUGGAUUCUUUGCUUCUGUUGCAGGAAGUGCUCCUGAGAGAGUGCUGGCGAAACGCCAGUGGUGUUGUUCCGGAGUCGUUGGUGGUGCCCGGGCUUUCUGGCCGAGAGAUAGCUUUAAGCCUUCCGGGGCCAAAGCGUGGGCUGGGUGGAAGCUGCCGCGAGGAGGGCCGCGAGGGCUGGGUGGAAGCUGCCGCGAGCAGGGCCACGAGGAGGAAUGCCUUGCUGUUUUUGGUGUUUGUGGAGCUGUGGAUUUUCCUUCGUCUCCACUUGUCCAUCACUGAGGAUUUGGGCAAGCGGAUGGAAGAGUCUCUUGGUGGAGCUAGUUCUUUCUCCAUGGCCUUGGACAGCUUGGUAGUGUCGGCAGGGGCGGCCUUUAAAACCAAUGGUGGCAAGUUGCAGCGCGAGACUCUUGCAAGGGCCUACGUCGCCGCUCGGGAGCCUGCGCAGCAGUUUCGAAAGGCCUACCUCACCGCUCGGGGUGGUUUUGGCAGCAAACUGCGGCCAGGGCAGCCACGCAACAGUUUCGAAAGCGAAAGUAGAAGCAGUUUGCACGGCUUACGAUGGCCCACGGCCUCGGUUGAGGAGCCUUCGAAAGCUUCAGCGGGCCUGCGUCGCCGCUCGGGAGCCUGCAGCAGUGCAGCCCUUGGCAACGGGCUGAAGCUGCAGCGAAGCUCGGCAGCGAAAAUUCUACGCUGCAGCGAUGCUCGAUUCGAGCACUUCAUCGACGCCACCAACCGGGGCAAAAGCAAGACCGCGACGGCAGGACAAAAGGCAGAGCAUGGCAUGUGGAUGAGUUUCUUCGGUCGGGAGCAUUGGUUCAACCCGGCCGCCUUGAACCGCGAGAUCCCAAAGACCCACGUGCUGCCAGGGAGACAGGCCUUUGCCACAGCCAAGGACACUGCCAAGGCCUUGCGCGCGGCGCACGGAACCUGUUUAUCGCAGCGGAUGUGGAACGAAGCCGCGCGGUCGCGAAAGCCACCGAAAGGUGGUGACUCGGAGCCUUGUCGUUUGCCCCACCACCUGGAGAGGUUUCAGAACGCCGAGUGGGGCUUGGGCCUCCAACGACUGCGCCUGCCCGACGACAGAGAAGUCUUGGGACAUGCUGCCUGCAAUGGUUCCUUUGCAGUGCUGCUGCCGAACCAAUCCCGCCCUGUGGUUGCUGCUUUCCUGGUGAAUCGCAGCGAUGGUGCAGUGGCGGCCGAGCGGAUUCUGUCAGCAUUAGCAGAGAUGUGA